CGGGGGACUAGAGGGGUCACAGCCCCAGGGACCCCUCCACAUCCUCUUGUGUGGGAAAUGUCCCUUUAUAACUUCCCUGCCCCCACCCCCAGGCAGCCUGAGCUAAACUGCUGGCAUACCUGGGCACCCUGCAGCAGGACAUGGAGCUGCGUGUGCUUACAUACCACAGUCAUGCUCUGCUUGGGCAUUCCUCAGGCCAGGGGAAUACUUGUGCCCUUCUGUUUGAGCUGUGUGAACCAUGCUGCUCUUUGUGAUGAGUUCAUGACACAAAGUAGGGAACUUGGUUCUAAUUUUGUGAGGACGCACUAACUGACCUUGUCUUAUUACUUUGAUCCAGGUAGAGAUCUCAUAGCCCAGAGAAGAUGUCAAGGCGCAGUAGCCGUUUGCAGGCCAAACAGCAGCAGCCACUGUCCUGUCCAGAAGAGACUCCACAAGAACUGCAAGCACUAGAUUAUCUCCAGACCAGAAAAAGGAGAACAGCAGAGCAGGAGAUUAAGAAAAGAGAAGAUGGAAAAAUUGCAAAAAAACAUCAAUAUGAAAUUAAGAGUUGUUGGCCCCCCACAAUAACAGGAGGUAUCUCACCUUGCAUAAUUAUUGAAACACCUCACAAAGAAUCAGUAACCACUGACUUCUCAAGAUUCAAAAAAUACAGAUUCAGGAACCUCUUCAUAAAUCCAUCUCCUUUGCCAGAACUCAACUGGGGCAAUUCCAAAGAUGUCUGGCUCAACAUCCUGACGAAGGAAAACAGAUAUGCUCACUGCAAACACUUCACAUCACUACAUUCUAGUUUGCAACCUCACAUGAGAUCCAUACUGCUAGACUGGCUCCUAGAGGUGUGUGAGGUGUAUGCACUCCACCGGGAAACCUUCUACCUAGCUCAAGACUUCUUUGAUAGAUUCAUGUUGACACAAAAGAACAUUAACAAGAGCAUGCUUCAGCUCAUAGGAAUUACCUCAUUAUUUAUUGCCUCCAAACUUGAGGAAAUCUACGCUCCUAAAAUACAGGAAUUUGCUUACGUCACUGAUGGUGCUUGCAGUGAGGAAGAUAUUGUAAGAAUGGAACUUAUUAUGUUAAAGGCUUUAAAAUGGGAACUCUGUCCAGUGACAAUUGUCUCUUGGCUGAACCUCUAUCUUCAAGUGGAUGCUCUGAAGGAUGUUCCAAAAGUACUGCUACCUCAGUAUUCUCAGGAAAAAUUCAUUCAAAUAGCCCAGCUUUUAGACCUGUGUAUUCUGGAUGUGAAUUCUUUGGACUUCCAGUACAGAACACUAGCUGCUGCAGCACUCUGCCACUAUACCUCAAUUGAAAUAGUUAAGAAAGCUUCAGGCUUAGAUUGGGACAGCAUUUCAGAGUGUGUACAAUGGAUGGUUCCUUUUGUCAAUGUGGCAAAAAAGGUCCCUGUGAAGCUGAAGAACUUCAAGAAGGUUGCAGCGGAAGAUCGACACAAUAUCCAGACCCACACAAAUUAUCUGGACAUGCUGGAAGAAGUGAACAGUGCAGUAGUGGCUACUGCGCCAGGGCAGUUAUCACCUGUGUCAACAGGAGGAAUAAUAACCCCUCCCAAAAGCACAGAGAAGAAAUGAAAUAGUCAGUUAUCACAAAUGGAUUCAGAAACAGGACUUGGUGCUUCAGAACAAGACCACACUAAAGGUGACUCAUGCUCUUUACUGCUAUUAAAGACUUGGGCAGUAAAAGACACAGCAGAUGGAAACAGAGACCAGCAUCCUCCUACAAAAAGACUUGACAAAAAGAGCUCAGCUGAGCAUUGCACCCUGCUACUGCAAGAGCCUGGACCACUUUGGUCCAUUCUGACAAGACUUAAUGGUGAGAACUGAAUUCUUAACUUAUGACUUUCAAGAACAUCCUUAAAUAGGGCUGGGUGGAAAGAUUUGUCCACUCAAGCUUAUAUAUAUAAAUUAAAGCAAAUUACUUGCUUUAAUUUGGGUUAGAUGAGCAGGAGAAUAUUGACAGCUUGUAUGUAUUACCUCUUCUUGACCCUUUUUCUUUUCCUGGGAAGGUCAGAGCUCACUUGUGUCAGUCAGUCAGUCAGUCAGUCCCCUCAGGUGCAGUAUUACAGGGGCCCGUGGGUAAGCAGUUCACAUCUCUGAAACCACUCUGUGUGUGCAGGACACUGCAGCCAGCCUUGUACCAAACCCCAGCUCCACAGGAGCCUGAUGUAUUUAACGCCCUUUAGGCCCGCCAUGAACUUCAGUUUUAGUGCAUCACUGACCUCAGGUAAGAGUACCAGCAAAGAACCUGCUGCUGCAGUAACCCGAACUGGAAGAAGUACAGUCCCCAGGCAGCCACUUGCACCAAGAAAGAAAAGCAUGAGAACUGGAGAAGGUGUGGAGCAAAGGGGGCCGCAGGUAGUCUGCAACCUCUCGCAUCAUAGGAACAGUAUUUUAAACUGUGGAGCGAGCUGUAUGUCAGCAGUGUUUAUGAACAGCAUUAACUACUGUGUUUUCCUCGGAAUACUCACUACCUCUGAGUCACUUCUGUGAUGAAGGGCAGUACUGGGACAGAAGGGUAUCAUUCCUCUUCCCUCUUUCAUGGUGCUCCAAUCCGUGCUGCACACCCAGGGACAAGUGUUACAUUACACUGAGCAGCCCACAAAGCUGCACUAGAGCAUCAAGUGCCACCCACAUCCACUUUACACUCACAACAACUUUGCAAACUUGAAUUCAUGUCUUCUCAAACAAGCCAUUGUGGAACUAGCUGCAGUUGCUUCCAGCCUUCUGUACAGUUUGUAAAAAUAAGGGGUUUAUUGUAAGAUUUCAUCUAUUUCUAAGAAGAAAGAUACUAGACUGUAAAUGU